AAUCAUGAUAAUUGAAAACUCACGUAACCACUUUUAAUUUAACUGUUUAAUUAAUAUCGUUAAUAAUAUGUUUUUAUUAAACGCGAAUUGUAUUAAUUUCAAUUAAACGUACCUUAUUUUAUAUUCUUCUAAAUAAUAAGAUAACUUAAACGAACGAAAUUUUGACAGGAUCAAUUACAAUAUGUUCACUUCGACAUUGUUGAUAUCACUAAACUUAGAAGACUUUACAUUUUGAAGAGAUCAGCAAUAAAAAUGAAACGACAUUCCAAAUCACAAAAACUAGCUCGUGCCAAAUGUAUUAUAAAUAAAGUUAAUUCCAUGAAAGAUCCAUUGGAAAUGCUUAAAACAUGUCACACAUAUACAGGAAAAAAUGAAUUUAUAGUAAAUUUAACUUGCAUUAAGGCCAGAGCAGCAUCGUCUGAAUGUCGUCUAUGGGUAUUCGAUAUUAUGGAAAGAAAUAUGAGACAUCUUUAUGAAAAAUCUAAUUGGGGAUGGGAUGCAAAUGCUAAACAAAAAGAAUUAACAGAACCAACUGCUUGGUAUUUGUUAGCGUCUUGCGAUAACAAACUAAUAGGGUUUUCUCAUUUCCGUUUUGACAUAGAUUAUCAAGUCGAAGUAUUGUAUUGUUACGAAUUACAAUUGGAAGAAUCAGCGAGAGGUAAAGGCCUUGGUCGUUUUAUGAUGCAAGCUCUUGAAUCUAUGGCAUCCAAACAUAAAAUGCAAAAAGUUGUAUUGACCGUAUUGAAAAAUAAUCCACCUGCUUUACACUUCUUCUAUGCACUUGGUUUCAAAUUGGACAACACAACCCCAUCAAAUUCAGAGAAGAAAGAUUAUGUAAUUUUAAGUAAACAGGUUUUAACUCCUGUCGCUUCGUGAAAAGAUUUUUAUUUGUAUUAUAAAUAUAUCUUUCCUUUUAUUUUAAUAUUGCGUUUUAUGAAAUAAAAUAGACAAGAUUUCAUU